AUGUUCUAUAAAUGGAGAAAGCUCAACUGGGGACUAGUAUGCUUUGAGGGUAAGGGCACCAAACCGGGUAUCUUCAAACCUCGUUCCGAAGGAUUUCUCGCAGCCGUAAAGCUCGUUCAUUGGAGCGGCAAGAUUGUCUGCGCAUCUCGGGCGGGUCAUGAAAGCAACUGGGGAUGCCACAACUUUCCAAACAUCGUAAACACCCCUUUGAAUGUAUUCAUUACCGAUGAAAGCAACCACAUCCUCUUCCCAAAGGCUGGAGCAACAUUUACCACAGGCGUCCACAGGAACGGCAAGUGGUUCAGCAUCCCUGGAUUUGACUCCAGAUCAGAAUACCUCGUUCUACAGCACGGCUUCAACGUCCCACUUUACGUUAGCCCUACAUCCAUCCUUAAACUAUGGUACGGUGAAGAUCUGCUGAAUUACGCCGAGAGUGAUAACAGUGGUCGCGUUUGCGCUAGUGUUUAUGGAUACUUUGUUUAAGCCUUUCUACAAAGAUACCUUUAAGCAGCUUUGCGUAUGGUAACACAUGAAUCAAAUGCUGUUAUAACGAUGUAGUUAGUU